AUGGCUGAAAACCCUAAUUUACCGAUUGGAGAAACAACUUCUUUGGAAUCCGAUGUAACAGAAAUCGAUUCCGGCAUGGCAAAGGAGGCAAAGAAAACGCGGGAGGUUUCGGAAUUCACAGAUUUCUUUGGUCUAUUGAGGAUCUACCAAAAAGAGAUGAUCUUUGAAAGGGAAGAUUAUGAUCCUAUGGUAGAUUAUUCCCCAAGUGACUACGAUGACGAAGAGCUAAAGGAGAUGGAAGAAUAUCCUUACGAUCGCGAGGCUGUUCUCAAAUACAUCACCCAAGUCCGCAAUAGCGGUGGUUUUGAUGUGGAUGUGUAUAUUCCUGCUUGGUUACACAUGAACUUGGUUAAUUUCAUGCCUGUUGAGAUGUCUGACCCCGGCGAACGUGCUUUAAUGUACAAGCUAGCAAAGGUUGCAAUUGAUGAAAUCAAUGUUGACAUGAAAAGCAAAACUUUCGAGCUUGUGGAAGUUGUCAAUGCUGUCGCGACAGCGAACUGCAUCGCCUUGGCCUAUUUGACUCUGGCUGUGAAAAGAGUUGGGGUGAAGCAAGAAGAAGCUGCUACUAUCACUAUCCAAGCAAUUGUCAACUUUCACUGGGAUAGCCCUUUCGACCUCCGGCAGUGGAGGGUUAAACCAGACGCGGAGGCUCGAGCAGUGGAGGGUUAA